ACAUUUUUACGUUUCAUCGUCUCCUCGACAAACAAAAGCCGCCAUUGUUCUUUGUCUUCCUCGCAGAGACUAAUUUUCUUUUUUCCCAUUCAAUUCUUUCUUAGUCUUCUGCACUAGAUUUCCCGCCAUUCCUCCAAACACGAUUUCAUCGAGGAAACCAAAUUAGAUUUAUCUGAAAUUGCUGCCUGUUUCGCAUUUGUUUUUGAAUUUUGAUACAAAAAGAUUGAUCAAUAGUUAUAAUCGGAUUCUUUAAGUGAGAAUGGAAAGAAUUGCAGUUGUUGGAUAAAUGAAAAUAGUCUAGUUUGAAGAAAGCAAAUGGCUCCAUUAUAUUAUAUCCUUAUUGCGUUGCCCUGCACAGUAGGGGCUAUUGCAUUGGCGCUUAUACACAUUCACAGACAUCUUUUGAACUACACAGAGCCUACUUAUCAACGAUACAUUGUUCGAAUUGUUUUUAUGGUUCCUGUAUAUGCAUUGACAUCUUUCUUGUCGCUUGUCUUCAAUAAGAGCGCAAUCUAUUUCAAUUCAAUUAGGGAAAUAUACGAGGCAUGGGUCAUUUAUAAUUUCCUCUCUUUGUGUCUGGCUUGGGUGGGGGGACCUGGAGCUGUUGUUUUAAGUUUGACAGGUCGAAUGCUGAAGUCAAAUUGGUGCAUGAUGACUUGCUGUUUUCCUCCCAUUCAUCUGGAUGGGCGAUUCAUAAGAAGAUGCAAGCAAGGUUGUUUGCAGUUUGUGAUACUUAAGCCCAUCUUAGUUGCAGUCACCUUUAUUCUCUAUUCCAAAGGGAAAUACCAUGAUGGAGAUUUCAGCGUGGACCAGGCCUAUCUCUAUAUCACAUUCAUCUAUACAAUAUCGUACUCGAUGGCGCUCUAUGCACUCCUUUUAUUCUAUGUCGCAUGUCGGGAUUUACUGCAGCCAUUCAAUCCAGUUCCCAAGUUCAUUUUAAUCAAGUCCGUAGUUUUCCUCACCUACUGGCAGGGUGUUCUUGUCUUUCUAGCUGCAAAAUCAAGAUUUAUAAAAAACAAAGAGGACGCAGCCCAGUUUCAAGAAUUCAUUGUCUGUAUUGAGAUGCUCAUCGCGGCUUUUGGCCAUUUUUAUGCGUUUCCAUACAAAGAAUACGCCGGUGCAAAUAUUGGUGCUUCUCGAGGCUUCACCGCAAGCCUGGCACAUGCACUGAUGCUAAAUGACUUUUACCACGAUACUGUCCAUCAGUUUGCCCCAACUUACCAUGAUUAUGUGCUCUACAAUCACGGGGACCAUGAGGAUGGGCCAAAGAAGUACAGAUCGCGAACAUUUGUUCCUAUAGGUUCCGAGAUGGAAGCAGUAAGAAGGAACAAAAAUCUGUUUGGGAACAAAAUGGACGAUGUUCAACUUUCUAGCAUCCCUUCAUCUGCUGCUGGCAGCCCUUGUGGAAGCCCCCCCAAAAAGGGCUCAACUGCCACUUCGAAUCCAGAGGCUAUGAAUUCGUCCUUGCUUAUGGAUGUUUCGAAUUCAAAUUCGGGGGCGUAUGAUCUUGGACUCAUAGAUAUAGACAUUUCGAAUUAUCCUGCUAAUGUUCCUGCUGCCAACAAAGGUAUUACUAGGUGAAGAAUCUCUAAGGGCUUUGUUUGUAGGUAGGUAGAUCCUGUAUUAUAUGUACUAAGCACUUAUUUUGGGCUUUCUAUUGAAAACUGUUUUUCAUUUCUUAAUUGAAACUGUAUCUCUGUUCAAAUUGAUGGGAUUAUGACUUUUGAAAUAGUCAUAUAUGAGUUUAUUA